AUGGUCACUCGUGCACACUUCUUUUGCCUCAUGGCUCUCACCUUCACUCUAGCCUUGGCAGCUGAUCACAGUCCACUUCAGGAUUUCUGUGUGGCAGACCCCAAAAGUCAAGUGCUAGUAAAUGGAUUGGCUUGCAAGGACCCUACACUAGUAAAGGCCAAUGACUUCUUCUUCAGAGGACUUCACCUAGAAGGAAACACAUCAAACCCAGUAGGAUCCAAGGUGGCUCCAGUUACAGUUUCACAGCUACCAGGACUAAACACUUUAGGAAUUUCACUUGCCCGCAUUGACUUUGCACCGUGGGGCACAAACCCUCCUCACACUCACCCUCGUGCCACCGAAAUCCUCACCGUGAUCGAAGGCACUCUUGAAGUUGGUUUCGUGACAUCAAACCCCGGAAACCGCCAUGUCACCAAAGUGCUGCAAAAGGGUGAUGUGUUUGUCUUCCCUGUGGGACUUGUGCACUACCAGAGAAAUGUGGGUUAUGGCAAUGCUGUUGCCAUUGCAGCUCUCAGCAGCCAAAACCCGGGGGUUAUCACUAUUGCUAAUGCUGUGUUCGGGGCCACGCCAGACAUUGCUAGUGAUGUUCUUGCCAAGGCUUUUCAAGUGGACAAAGAUGUUGUUGCUGAUUUAAAGUCCAAGUUCUAG